UUCACUCACUAUUAUAUUCACUUUGUUUCAACUUUUCUCCACAUCUCUCUCUCCUUAUCCCUGCACUGCAAGUCCCUGCAUAUACAUCUCAUUCUCAACCAACCCUAAUCUCUCAGCUCAGCUCCCCCAUACCUCUGUUUCUCCCACUUCCUAUUUCUCUGUGUCUCUCUUUCAAUAUAUAGAAGAGCCUGGGUAGCCAGCCAUGGAUAUUGACAUGCUUAAAUCAUCAUCAGCUGGUCAUGAUCUCCAUCAUCCUCAUCACCACAUGGACAUGAUGACAAUGAUGAUGCAGCAGAGUCCUGAGUUCUACCAUAACACUCCUCCCACAUUUUCUGAGAUAGAUUUCACUUGGGGAUCAUCAAUUACCCCCAACAACAUUGGAACCAUAGUACCACAACCCAUGUUCCAUAACCCAACUUCACCCUCACAAUCACAGCCCACAUUGCUAAAUCCAAACCCUUCAUCCUCUUCGGUCUCAUUCCUUAGCGGUGCUAAUCCAAUCCAUUCCAAUCCAAUCAAACAGGCAGCGGCUGCUGCUGGUGCACUGUCAAUUCCCGGUACUAAUUCAUAUGAAAAGCGAAGCUCAAUGGCUGCAAUGAGGGAGAUGAUCUUUAGGAUUGCGGCAAUGCAGCCGAUUCAGAUAGACCCCGAAGCAGUGAAGCCGCCGAAGAGGAGGAAUGUGAAGAUUUCGAAAGAUCCACAGAGCGUGGCAGCGAGGCAUAGGAGGGAGAGGAUCAGCGAGAGGAUUAGGAUCCUGCAGAGGCUUGUUCCGGGUGGGACUAAAAUGGAUACGGCUUCGAUGCUAGACGAGGCUAUACAUUAUGUGAAGUUCUUGAAGAAGCAGGUGCAGACUUUAGAAAGAGCUGGAGCUGAUAGACCAGUUGGUGUUGGUUUCAUAGGGCCUCAGUUGGGGAAUGUGAAUUACUCAGCUGGGUCUAUGCAAAUGCUUAGAUGA